AUGGAGUGGUGGAAGGUAAACAACGUGUACGGCAUUCUCGGUCAUUACCGCAUCAAUUGCAGUGAGGAUGGUCAAAAGGACAAUGUGAAAUCGGUUCAAGUAUCCAAUGACACGCUCAGCGCUAAACUGUCUGGGUUGGUUCCAAACACAAGGUACAAAUGCACCGUGGAGGCCUUUGUUCUGCCAAAUGAGCAGAAUCUGGGUGGUGGAUACAGUCAGCCGUCCUUCGAACGAUCCCCAAAGACAUGGCCCGAUGGUAUGUUGCACACAACUGCGCAUACAGUCAGCCUACACUUAUUUCAUUAAGUAAUGCCUGUUUUGCACCGUUCUUCACAUAAGCUCCCACAGAACCGACCGAGAUAGCCGUGACUGCCGUCAGCUCGACCGCCGUGAAGAUCAACUGGAAGGCCCCUCUCACUCCAAAUGGGGAUAUAAGCAAGUAUCGGGUGUUGGUUUAUGAGGGCUCGCAAAAUCUUUUUUACGAAACCGGGCCUGGCGCCCUCAGUUAUGUUCUUAACGGACUUCAGCCGUACACAACCGCUGCCUUGGCAGUUCAGGCGUACACGAAUCCGAACAGCGAUGGCUUGGGCGGUGGUUUCGGAAAGAUCAGCCCGUUGGUGUCAGUAACUACAAAGGAAGCUGGUGAGAUAAUUUGGUUCCGAUGUUUUGCCAAAGUAUGGCUUUGAUCUACCCGCAUUAACUAGAAGCAAAGUAUUAGCAUUGUCUAGUUGCUGACUUAUGAAAUACUUAGUAUUCGUACAGUAUCAUAAGUAAGGGGACAAAAGAUGGCCGGCAGAAGAAAAAAUUGCUAUCCCGUUCCGAAUUUACGCCUAAACGCACAUUUAUAUACGUUAACUGAUGAAGACGGCAUUUCUUAAAUAUUAAUCAAACGCAUUACUAAAACAGACGAUCUGCCGCAUCUUGAUUCGGAGCAAAAAUGUUCGUUUUGUCUAUGUGCCACCUUAAAAAACAAUUUCGUGUGCAAACAUAAGUGCAGAUAAUUUGACAUUUAUUUGGUCCCGUGAAUUCCAUACCAUACUGUGCAACAUUAGGAUGCAUUUGCGGAGACUUUGUUUGUGUACACUCCAAAAAAAGCCAAGAAAAGACGGUUGGUUAGGAGCGAUGGCAUGUACCAGGCAACUGUGACGUGUUUCAUUCGUCCUAUAAUAGAGAAUGCUCUUAUAUUGAGUUAAAGUUACCUUAUUGUUGGUUUCACUGAAACCCUCCACACUAUAAUAGACAAAGGUUUUGUAAAACUUUAUUGUUUAAAGUGCUCCAGCUCAAAUAUGCCGCGUAAUCUUAGCAUUCUAUUCAAAUGUUAAUGCAUCGAUCGUUAUUAGGUUUAAGAGCAAAAUUUCGAUCUUAUUAUUAGUUACGACAUUCGAUCCUAAAAUCGACACUAUGUAAAGAUUAAGUGUAAACAGUAUUCGCGUUUGGGUGAUGUGGCUGAACUGGUUUUCCCGGCACUUCCCUUGUCUUAAUACAAAAAGAAAUAAUAAGUUUAAAUUCUGACACCCUUUUUAAUGUACGAAAAAUCUAAUUUUUUGUCGAAACGAAACCGACGUUGAUCCUGAAAUCAGUAUGUGCCUGCGUCGUGCGUUCUUUUAUUUUUCCAGGUAACUGUCAGACAGAUUGUCAUAAACAUGGCUUUGAAAGCUACCAGAUAAAUCCGGUCGACAUCUUCGUUAUAUCAUGCCUCCUGUCCCCCAACCAAACAUAUAUUCAACCUCCCAUGUUUUCUUACCUGUCCUGCAGCUCCAGGUCCCGUUCAGCUUCUCAGCUGCAUUCACAUGCCACCUGGAUCGCCCAGACUUGCCUGUUCCUGGAGCUCUCCCAUCGUGCAUAACGGCGUUGUUCGAAAAUAUGCCAUUCAACUGAUGGACAUGACUUCGCACUGUGUAGUCAGUGACAAGGUGAUUGAGGACACCUACGUCACAUUCAAGGAGGCAUUCGACUUCACUCACGUUUACCAGGUCUCCGUCGCUGCAGUUACAGUUCUAGAGGGCGAGAAAACUAAUGUCACCGUUCAACUUCGGACCUCAAGUAAGUCAGUGUGUGCCAAAUCUCAAGGCUUAAUCCUCGAUGCAUUGGUUCAAAUAAUGGAACUUUUCUUAGGGGUUUGAGGGCAUGUAUACUGCUAUCGCAAUUUAACUUUCCUUUGUGAAAGGAAGAAGGUGGAGGCACAAGCUUUAAUAAGAGGUUUAGAUUGGUCCGGAUAUUUGAUUUCUGAAUGCAUUAAGGCAAAAAUUCUAUGCAAAUGCGAUAUUGCCAUUAUCUCCUUUCCAGUAUGGUCUAUAAUGCAACCAUUUCUUUUUUACUUACGACCUUGCGUAAUAGUUGGGGACGGUUGUACUCUUAUUCACGUUCAAUCUCGCCUAAAUAAUAAUAAAUGAAUUCGAGAUAAUAAAAAUGAAUUUAAAAGGUAAUUAAAUGAAUUUGAGGUUAUUGAAAUUAAGGCAACCUAAAUAAAAUCUUUUAGAAUUAGAAAUUACCUCGAGGCCGGAGUAACUUUAACCAUGCAUGAGGACCGGCCUGAUCAAAUGCAGCUUACCCCAGCACACGAUGUUUCAAGACACACCGGCUUUCCUUGUUAUGAAUGUUUUAGGGGAUCCUUGCAGGCAUUCCCGGAAGGCAUAGGAGACUGAAAAUGACCGUUUGCAGCUGGAAGGUCCAAAUCGAUGCAACUGUACUGCACGAUAUUCUGUCAUCUGUGGACAGGUAUCAUGGCCUAGUACUUACAAGGUCUGCUGCAGCAUGUUAGAAUACUCUCUAUUUUUCAGAGCAUAAAAAGCGCCAUCUAAGAUCUAAUAUCAUUUACUCCACCCAGAAUGGAGUCGCACUGGCAAAAAAUGGGGCGCUCAAGUUUGACCAAAUUCGCCUUAAUCCGCCGUUUAUUUUCUCGAAUCGCGAAACGACGACUCAAGUUCCUGUUGUUCAAACAGGCUGAAAAAUAGUGCAAGAUUUUAGCAUAACUAAAUGCUGCAAAUGACAAUAGUUUAUUUUUAAGUUUAGCACAAUUUACUCCGCCUCUCAUGGAGUUGGGCUGGACCAAAAUACAAGGAUCUGUCCAAUUUUUCGACCUUAAUUCUGAAAAAUCCAUCAUAAUUUAUAUUCGGCGGCUUGAGUAGGGAUUUAGGAUGUACUUUUCCUCUAACUUACGAAGUUGAUACAAGCCUAAGAGUACUAGAGCAUUAUUAGGCGAUGAUAAUAUGCAUGUGCAAUGUUGGGUUCUGACGCUUUAUAGUUUCCGUGCUUUCGAAGUGAUGGUGCAACCAGCCUGAAGAAAGUCACGAAUAUAUCUGGGAUUUUUCAACGAGCCUUUUUGCGUUUUAUUCGCUUAUGGCCUUGUGGCAACGUUCACCGAUUAGUUCGCAGGACAAUCUCACCCCGUUGAACCUUGGGUUUUUGACUCACAGAUCUUCUAGGUAGGUUCGUCGCGAUCGCUAUCAUGGCAGGUAGAAGAGCUGGAUAGCCAUUUCCGGCUUACUGGAUAAGGUCAUUCAGCCAUGUUUGUAUGACCCAAGAUUCGAACCCGGAUUCUUAACAGAUUGAAGGUUUUCAUGUCCAGCAUUCUAGUAAUGAGUCACGAACCCUUUUUGUUGUCGGUUGCAACCGAGAAUAUUAGCUAGGGAUAUGACAGUGAGUUAUACAUACUUGCAACAUUCCAGAUGCCUCGGUCGAUGCAGGAGGAAAGUUAGAGUGGUCUGGCUAUUACGUGUAUCCUUAUUUGGUUGUUGUGCGAAUUCCGACUUAAUAUAAAAAUAGUAGUUUAUUAAAUGCAAGACUUAAACGUAAGCACCCAGGUAAUGAGGUUUUAUUGUUGGACGCGAAAUAUAAAAGUAUUAAUAUAUAUUAAAGCUAGGUGUGAAAGAAGGGCGGCUUGUCUAGGAAUCGAAGCCGUAGGAUUUGCGUCACCAAGUUUUGAUUGGCAACUUACGGGGGGCUCCUAAGAGGUCAUGUCGUGACUGCUUAACUUCGAAAACCCCCACUGAUUUAUAAGAUUAUGGACUUCUUACACAUAGUGCAGGUUACGGGCCGUACUCAUUCUUUUGUGUCUUAAAGCUUGGCAACGAUAUGUUUAAGGACACCACUUGAGUGUCAGUAAAGUGUGUAUUAUGCCGUAUGGGGUUUUAUCGUAGUAUUCAUUUGCGAGCCGCAGCCCAAGUUGUACCGCCGGCAACAAAUACUGCCGGUGGCCUAAAAUAAUUGCUUCAACUCUGUUAUUUUUUAGAAUUUGUCUAGUUUUCAAACACCGCGCUCGUUUUCGUUUCUGGGCGAAACCAUAGGACAGGACUUUCGCCAGAAAUCCAGACAGUUUCUGUAUUUUCUUGUAUUUUAUCAUUUUACUCUCUGGCGUGCUGCCCCACCCAGAAAACCCCGUCGUCACCUUUCCCGUAUGAAUCUACCCAAGAUCUACUAACAUUUAUUCGGGAUCUUUUACCCUACCGCUGCAAUCUCAAUCCAGAACCCUACCAGGAAGUUGCAUAGCAAGUAGUAGCAUAUGCAAAUAUGGGCUACCGACAAAGACAAGGAAGCUAACUAUUAUCAUUUCUGAUUUAUCAGUCCUGCCAUGGAAAACCUGAGACUCGAACUUGGGAUCUUCAACCAUUAGAGGACAACUGAUUCGUCGGUCUGCCAGUGAGCCACGGUUCUGUUGCGCUGUUGUUUGAAUUGGGGUAGACUACCUAAGAAAAAUGGAAGCCCACCGGUCAGCUUAUGGCAUGUUUCACCAAGUUCAUUCUUAAAUGCGGACGGAGUCGUUGCAUGGGGGCCAGAAAAUAACCAUCCUAGGAAGUCGUACACAGAGGCAUAGAGAACCACGAAUGACAUCGUCCAUUCGCAAGUGUCGUCAGCUCUUUGGAAUCUCAUUCAUUCUCUCAAAUCGUAAAAUUAGACACCGCUUUUGUUGUUGAGCUCGGCUAACAUGUUUUGAAUUUUCGACUUCUCAGUAAGUAAUGAAUUUCAGAUAGUUUAGUAGAAAGAAACUUCGAAGUAAACGGUUAUUUGUUGAACAUGACGGCUAAUUCUCGGUUACUUGCUUACCGAAUGUUUUAAUUAAAGGCGGAACUGUGUUAAGCGGGCUUAGGUGAACUUGGUAAGUCGGGCUGCGCUUGUAUGCGCAAUCAACGAUACUGGGUUUGUUGGAAAGGCGCAUAGUAAUCGGGUAGCAGGGUAUGCUCCUUCUUUUUAUUUUGGGACUUGAUCAGGCAGCCGCAGAUCAACAAGUCAUAUACGUGGCAGGAGACGAAUGUAGCCAAUAACCCGGCCGGUGGGCGUUUUUACAGCAACUUCAUAUCCUCGUUUGCAGCUGACAAGAGAUAUAAGGCAUGUGGCUCAAUGAUACAGUGUCCAACUCAAUGACCAAAUGUCUCGGGUUCGAAUCCCAGGUGCCAAAACUUUGGGUUGGUUAUGGCUGAGUGACGACGGUCAAUAAGCUGGAAACUGUCAUUUCAGUCUCCCUUGUCUUUCUUGGCAGUCUCCUUCUGCAGGUUCUGAUUUUAUUGGUUUUGCCACCAUCAUGACCAAAUCUCGAGCCCAAAGUUCAGCACACAUAAUAUGGUUGUAUAAAUGGAGUUGGGCCUUUAGCAUAAAUCGUAUGCCUUGGGUCGAAUCGGAACUGACGUUUGCAAAGGUAUGGUCAAUGCAGAAAACAUAUUCGUCAUUUUUCACAUUCUAAAACAUAACCUAACCAGCUAUCUACCGUUGUCUUUAUUUAGAUUCAAAUAAAUCCCUAGCUGGCCUCGGCGCCACUGAGGAAACAAUAGUAGGAGCAAAGGCCACCGAUCCAAAUUACAUAAUUGACGAGGAGGGUCCCGCCGGAUCACACGGAAAUAUAACAGAUACAAACCUCUCUGGUUCCCUUGACGAGUUAAGUGGAACCAGUACUGCAGUCCCAAUCGAAUCAAAUGAAGAAGGUAUGACCGUUUUUAGGCAACUGCCCUGCAACCCACAAUACAUGGAUCUAGCACAUCAGAUUAGGCUCUGAGUUCACUGAAGUUCAAAGGGGAUAUUAGGCAUCCCCUUAUGAGUACACGUAAAAGAAAAAUAUCCGAGGUAUGUUAUUUGAAUUUCUCUGCUUCGCUCUACGAAGACAGACAAAGCAGAGGAAACAACUCGUUAAAACAUGACUGCAAUCGUAUUCAUUCGUUUCGGGCAAACUUUUUGUUUUCAUGCUACCGUCCACCAAUAUUACAAAGUAAUAUUCUACGGAUCAGUAGGGUGUGUAUCCGAGUAAAAUUUUUAAAAAACUUCCAUCUGGAGGCAAAAACAUCCUAAUGAUGUACUAUCAAUCAAACAACUAGAAGAGUUGGACAACCAAAUGACCAUCUACUUAAUCGUUUGUUUCUCUCAGCUGAAUUGAAAUGACUUCUAACCAUUGAGUUUGUUUUGAGAGCAGGACAUGUUUAUGUCUCUUUUUGAUGAUAGACAGUGAAAUGAUUUUAAAAUUCAAUUGCUUCAGAACUGGGAUUUUUUACGCCAAGGCCUGCACUUACCGAAAAUUACUGCGUUGAACGAGCUUUUCGCAACCCGCUCUAGCCCUUGGCUUUUACUUGUAGAAACCACUCGAGAGGAGACUUCCUCAUCGGUAGCAAUCGUCAUCGCAGUCACUGGCAUAAUUUCUCUACUUGCACUGUCGACUGCCCUCUACAUCAUUGAUGUUCGUUCGGCUAUGCCGCAUAUUCCCUUUUUCUUUGGCUUAAAUGGGAGAAAGGUUCAAUCGGAUUAUAAUAUUAACGGUCCCCUGGAGGUGAAAUCAAAUCGCAGGUAUCCGCCGCUUGUACAGACGUUAUGCUCCAAUUUCUCUCCUUACAACUAUGUCUGAUUUCCUUUUAGUGAUUCAAAUCGCGUAUACACAAAGCUGGAAUAUGUGGGGACAAAAUUCACGGAACUUCAAACACAAUCAAGCGCUGGUAAGAAUGAACCUCAUAUUCCAAUUUUAUCUGCCUUUAAAACCCAGAUAAUAUAGCGCGAAUUACGAAGCUCUAAGCGAACAAGUCAUCUACGAUAUAUAGUUAGUACAAUAUAGGUAUAUAUAUACGAUAUAUAGUAGGUAAGAUAGUCGAAUUUACUUAUCGAAGUUAGACUACUGAAAUUCUCACACUUCGCCUUCAUGAAAACAAGCGAGAGAAAGGUCGGUAUUUGAAAGACAAAUGUCGAUGAGCAUCCUUAUUCGUCUUAGACAGGGAACACAAUUCAUUUUCUUACAUUCUUACGAAAGUCCGCCGAAGAAAUUGUGUGGGCGGAAAGUCGGACGCGCUACCUCUAUAAAAAUGAUACUCGCAGGUAAAAUGCAAUAUUGUCAAGAAAUGGUUCAAGUCGAAAUUGGUUUGGAGUACAAAUUACUCAAGACUUAUUUCGCGGAACUCGCAAGCAUAUUGUCGCAAUUUUUUGUCAGUUCCCACCAACAAAACUACUUUAAAAAAAUAGUACUAUCGCGGUGACCGUGGUAGUAAGCCCAACAGCAUAACGGCUUUGUGGGUUCUACGGACUAUGAUAAAGACAAAACCGAAAUGAAUUUCGACCAACAAGAUUGGGCACACGGCAUAUUCCCAAGACUCCCUCAAUUUAAAUCCCACUGUUCUGUAAUUAAUGACAAAAAAUUAAGCUACUAAUAAUUGCCAGGUAGCGGGACCAUUCUGCAUUGAAAACAAGAGAGGUGCUUCCUGAAGUAAUGAAGGGAAACACAUUCUGAUUGUUCCUUCCUGAGGGCGAAUCGCACCUCGUUUUUUGCAUUUCCUGACCUCUGUUUUUAAGGAUUCUUUUCGUGACGGUGUGUGGAAUUCUUUUCUUGAUGGCGCUAAAAGGACCAUUUGAUAUUGAAAAUGAGAGAGAUGCAUCCUUGAGUGCUAAAGGGAGACAUAUUCUGAAUUUUCCUUCCUGAGAACGGAUCGCACGCUGUUUUUUGCCUUUUGAAACCCGCUAUUUGUUACAAUAACCCCCUGUUUUCAGAAACCUUACAAGAACAGGGAUUUUCGCCAGCCGCUAUCGCCGUGACGGUGUGUGGAAUUCUUUCCUUGAUGGCGAUGGCAGUUGGAAUCUACCUCUUGGUAGUUCGUCGCAGAAGGAGGAGUGUGUUCAACGUUGACGUUGAUGCCGAAGACGAUGACAAAUCUAUUCUUGGUCUUAAACCUGCCCUGACCGCUUCUCAAGUCUAGCAGUCAGUGUAGCGCGAUGGAAGUAAAAAAAAGAUACAUUGCGGACGGGCAUUAAAUGACUCCAUUUCCUAUUUACGUCGUUUCUGGCCAACAAAUUGAUCAUAACCUAUUUCAUUACCAAUGGUGCUUACGUCCGCGCGGUGAUAGGUGUUAAAUUUCUCUAAUUUACCGAAUAAGCAGAGUCUUAAUCAAUGACCCUUGUAAAUGCAUGUUUACAGGUCAUCCCUACGUGGAAAUGGGGUCCUAUAAUAGACGUGUAUGGUCAGCCUAUUAAAUUAUGUUUGUUCGAAACCGAUUGCGUGGAAUUAUUUCUGAAUGCUUGUCGCUGAGUGAUUAAAGCUUGCUGUAGCAGAUGGGAUGCGCAAUGCGGGUUAGCUGAGGAUUCAAACCGCGUUAAUUAAGGCGUGUGACCUUGGAGUUUUUAAGGCAAGAUGUGACUCGGUAUCAUCACCUGAUGGACACGAUACUGUUGGGACUAUGCUAAGGAGUUAUGGUCAGGGGUUAGGAUUAGGGUUUAGGAUUAGGGGUUAGAGUUAGGCGUUAGGGUUAGGGGCUAGCGCAACUAUUUUUCACCCAUUCAAAGUACAACCGCGCAUUCCCAAUACCUUUUCUUUUGCAUACAACUACCUGACCUCGUCGCCUGUGCGUUCCCCGGCUCCAUCUGUAAAAACCCUAUUACAAAUCGAUCUCCUGCUAGAGGUGACUGGUGUUUGCUAACUUCAGGUGGUGCCACCAAACCACAUCGAAUCGUUUUUAAUAAUGAGGCGUAGGCAAUAGAGUAUGAGAUUUAGUCUGCGCUGACGCAGUGGACAAUGUGACGCACCGUAGGACCUCCGACCGAGCUUAUUCUCAUGGCUUGCGUGGUCGUCAACUGAAGGAGCGAUUAAAUCCUUAAUGGGAUUGAGGUCCAGGAUGCAAAGUCAGGUUCAAACGAGAUACAUGGGGAAGUUCAUUGUCUUGUCGAUGUACGCAUAGUUACGAGCAUAAGUGGGCUUGGAGUCGACGCUGGAAACUGCAUCCUUAUGACAAAUCAGGGCAUCCCUAGUUAUAAGAAGGCUGUCGCUGUAAAAGUAGUGGCUUGGAAGGUUGUCAGCUGAUGGGCCAGCUUGGUGUUCCUCGGGGCUGCGUGGCAGUAUGCAAGGACUCACUCUCAUUGUGGCGUUUAUGACAUUCAAAGCCGUGCGACAUCCGACACUUACUUAAUUCGGUUGGUACACAAAAUGAGAAGCAGGCUGUGUGUGUGGGUGUCACGCUGGGGGCGAACUGUUCGAAAUUGUCCGCCACUGCGCGCAAGGCUAAUUUGACUUUGCGAUCCUAUCCGGCACCACAGAUGCGGUGGUGUAAUGAGUAAGGUGUAGCGUAAGUCUGUUUCAGCAUAAACACAUUUACGCACAAGUCGCUGUUGCCGGGCAAAGCUGGUGAACCAGCGUUGGACGAAGUUACCUCUACGAAUUAAACUGUGAGGCACGAUCGCAAAGGUAGAGGGAGUAAAUUUGAGCUUAGCUUUGUAGGCUACAGUACCAUUAGUCUUGGUGCCGUCAUUCGUUUGUGCUGUGUUCGGGUAAGAUGUGAAAAUACUCAGGUAGCAGUCCUCGUGGACGGACGAAAUGUGCCUCAGCAGGCAGUUUGCAUGAUGUGAUUCCCUUCUGUCGGCUAUGAAACACGUGGUGAUAUUGCAAGGUCUGAUGUUAGGGACAGGGGGGCGGAUCAGUUUUUUCGAGAUGUCACCUCCGAUCAGGGCCACUGGCACAUCCAUAAGAUUACGCUAACCCACAUCUGUCACGUGGUACUCAGAAAAUAUGUAGCCUAGCAAAAUCUUUAAUGAAGUCGUCUCACAAAAACGGUAUAGGGUAUCCUGGGAGAUGCCACCAUCGAACACCAUAAUCUGUUCCUGAAUUACAUCAUUAUUGCCUAGCGGAUCCUCCACUUUCAAAGUACUUAAAGUCAUGCAGGGUGAUAUCAGUGGGAAAAAGUCACCGAAACAGCGGGCACGCGACAGAAAUUUAGGCUGUCUACUAUCACAAUAAAUUAAAUUUUCGCACAAGUCACCACCCUGCUGUGGAGCACACGGUGGACAUCGUCAGAUGCGACGGUCGAUUUGUCGUGUGUGCGUGCGUGUGGCUGACCUCUCUUGGGUGUUGUUGCCGUUGUUGGCCAAAAAACCUGGUCAUUUGCUGUGUGGACAAGGGGGUUUGGAGUGGAACGCUAAGGUGCGGACUAAAACGUGCCAGCCACCUGAGUCCUGCCCUUCUCCGUUCUUCUUGACCCUGUCUUAACACCAGGUCUAGAUGGGGAGUGGGAAAGAGAGAAUGCCGUUGACGCUGCGCAAGUCUUCUAUCACUAUAAAGUAAUUCAAGCGCAGGUCACCGUGCCUGCUGCUGUCGCCGGAUCAAAAUAUCAGGGCCGCCAUGAGCGAUAAAAGUUCGGAGAGUAAGACAUGCCGGAGCUAAUUUUUAACUGACACUUAAAAAAACCAAAGCAUCGGCAGGAUUCCGGGCCGCUAGAGAGAGGAUAAGUCGUGGAUUCAGCUGACAAUCUAACCACCUAGUAAACGCUGCCCGCAUCAACAAUCUCGCAUAGGUAACGUCUCAGCAAACUUACUCAGUGAAUUAUUCAACUCUCCCAUACAGAAAGAUGCUUCUAGUAUAUUCUACAUUGGCUGUUGUCGGAAACAUGCUGUCUUGGAAUUGCUUGCAUAACCACAUUGACGUAGUCUCUGUCAAGAAUAUAACUCUGAUGCAGAAAUCGCUAUCAGUUGGUACCUCGUAUGUCACGGGGUCUGGAGAGUUGGCUGUACACAGGCCGUCUUACUUCUCCCGCAGUUGAGAAUUCUGACGUUUUUAUUUAUCAGUAAAAACAACAAAAUCUCAAAAAACCCCAGAUACAUAUAUCUGCUCUUCGAAGUGUGAAGCACGUUGUGAGAAGUAAUCAUAGACUCCUGCCAACCACCUUUACUUUGAAUGCACAGAUAUGCCAUCUUCUAGAAAAAGUAGGCUUACGUCACCAAAGGGCACAAUCUCGAAACAACAAGAUGAAGGAUUUACUCAAGCAUCGCCCAUCGACUAUGUGCCCUGGUAGUUCGAGUAGAAAGUCCGACUGCUCUUCUGUUUAGUUUCUUGAAAGUCAGAAUCAGGUGAUGCGUAUAGAUGCGACAACCGUGGAUGCGUGCAUGCUCGUGAAUUUUAAAGUGAACUCUACCUGAGUCUUAGAUACUCGGCAGACGGAUUUCUGCAACUCUUCCUAUAUCUGAUAAUUACCGUCAUUUGACUGAGCAUUAGCAGAGAAAAAUUAUUGAAUUUAGAGGAAAUACCGAUACAGAGCCUUAAACACUAUUGCUUGAAAUUUACAGAUUGGCUGACCGCUAUUCCAAAAAGGCAGUUUUACUCCCACAUAUAUAAUCUUAAGUUGUUCAGAAAUCCCCUUCCUUAAAAUUGUCUUUAACCGUGCAUUACUUCGGCGAAGUUCCGGCAAUUUUGUUGACGGCGGACGUCCGACGUGGCCGCUGAUGUCCAGUACGUGACCUAACUCAUGAAGGUUGAUGAUAGAGUCUGACGUGACCAUUUACGGACGCUUCAAACAUUGCGAAUUUUGCUCCCUCGUCCAGCUCUUUUAAACCAGUGCCCUUUUCUUAUGCAGAAAAUGUGUCUAUGUAGCUUGUUCAAGCCAAAUGAUCAUAAAUGUGAGUGAAAAUGGACGCUGCGAUGCAUUCGAGCAGUCUCCUUUCUUAAUAUCUCUCCCAGACUUUGACAGCUAUUCCGAGCGUGUAUUUCUUUGAGCGGAGAGCAAUUUAGGUUUGAGAGAUCAACUAAGCAGAGUUUGCAGCACCUGUAAAUUGGUUUUAUCGUGGUGCUAUCAAUGGGAAUGAAGUGGACAACACACAGUUUAUUUUCAGAAAACCAUCAGUUCUAUCGAUUAUUAAAAGUCGGCCUAGCAUAUCUGUGCGAUUUCAUGCCCCCAAAUGCAGUCCUAACGCAAACGGGCAAUUCUUCGUUUCAAUGAACCGAAAUUGCUUCGUCGUUCGGAAAAUUAUAUGGGAUGACACGGAACUGACUAGCGCGCAAAAGCCAUUUUUAGUUUUGAACAUAUGUAAAAUAAUUUUCGUGCUGUCGAGCUUCUGUGUAUAUGUGAUUUUAAAAUGGAACGAGUAAAAAAAUAACAGCUGCAGCAACGUAUCCCUACGUAAAUGACCAGUCUGCCUUGCCCAUAUAGUUGUAGAACGGUGCCCGCAGUUAAGCAAACAAAAUGGGAAAUUACCGCAAUAUCAAUAGAAAUGCGUUUUCUUACGUUUGUAAAUUAUAAAAAUCAGCAGUCCUAGCGAGGUGAAAUGGCCAAAAGUGUCAAAGUUGUCUUGGCUUUACCAUGCAAACAUAACAUUACACGGACAUUCAACGGAAGACAGUAUCACGUCACAGCUUAAAAGGCAGCUUAUGAGGAAAGUUUUCUAAUUGAUCAAAAGCAUAUACUUUGUUGACGUUUGUUUGGAACCCUCACUUUUUGACAGUAAAGUUUCAUGUUGGGGUCUGAAAAAUGUAGCAGUGGAUUUGAGGCACAUAUUAAACUAUACAGAUAACAUCACAUAAUGUACAGAAACGAUGUUUUAUGAACGGCCAUCUCACGGUCUUAAGACAAUUUCAAAAUUAGAUACUUUUUAAAACCAAAUUGUAGCCUUAUUUCAAGCAUAGAAUCUGAUUAAGACGUAACUUCCCUCCAAAUAAACAAAAGAAUGAAUAUUUAAAUGCAUAUUUACCGUGGAAUACAUUUGAAUUUAUAUGGACAUCGACAAUCAAUAAGGAGAAUUAAUAUAAAUUGAGUAAUUAUUUUACAGUGUCGAUUUGCUGGCUGCAGAAAUAGGUUUAUUCAAAAGCUGACAUCCCGAAUUAACUGAAAUAUCUCGGGAUUGUACUGUACGGUACUUAAUCUUACCAGCCCACUUAAGUAAUCUUUCCGUAUCGAAAUCGCAUUUCAGAAUUUCGGUUAACAUUUCACGAGUUAGCACAUCUACUCUAGGCAAAAAUACGUUAUCACUUAGGCCGUUAAUCCAAUCCUGGUUUCCAUAUAUACCUCGCAGGCACACUACAUCAAGACAUGUAAGUCACACUCCUGCUACAUUUCAGCCAAUUUUACCCGUACAAUAAAUCGCCGCUGUGCGGCUGCUGGCUGGACUCGAUAGGGAACGCAAAGGCCUAACGGAACGAGUGAACACCGUGGCUCGAUCGGGGAGCGCGCUUCUGCCAUUGCAUUCGUCUGAUCGCAACGGACAGAACAAUGAGCCUUUGGCUCACUGGCAUGGUCGCUGAACUUCUAACUAACAAGUAGCAGGAUCGAGGCUUUGUGGUUUGCACAUCUCGGGGUUGGGCAUGACUGGCUGACGACGGUUAGUAAGCCAGAAAUGGGCAUUCCGGCCUCCCUUAUCUUUGUCGAUAAAACGUUUUGUAUAUAUUACGAACCGCUUUUCGGUUGAUGUCAGGGCUCCAGAGAACAGCCAGAGGAACUAUAGAAUGAGUUAGUUCCAUAACGUGAUCAGUAAGCGUCCCUCCAGCAAAAUUAAGUUUGAUUCGUGAGAGAAAAAUAUUUUGACUGACUACCUCUCGGAAUUUUGAAUACAUCUUCAGAAAAUCAUGCAGGUCAGUGCAAUCUGCAAGCUGAACUUCUUAGUGAUCGUUGGGUUCAAAAAAAGCAUGCGAUGGCUGAAGCGUAGCCUCGGUUCACAAAUUUGUGCAUAAUUAAGGGACGCUGUGGAAGUUUUUAAAUUGGAGAGUUUUCGAUGGGCGACAUUAAAUGGUAAAGCAUCCUAAUGAUAUAUAGAACAUUUGAGGAAUAAAGAUAAGUAAGUGCAUCAGCGCUACUUGGAUUAAAUGUAAAAAAUGUCUCGUUAUAGAGUAAUCUGUUGCACACACUACACUAUAAAUGCAUUCACUACUCAAGAGUGUCAAAAAAAUUUAUAUGAAAACAGAGAAUCAUAAUCUAUUGGAGAUUAUGGCGCUUCCCUUAUGUGGGCGUACCUCAUGUACACGUCAUUUAAAUGCUAGAAGAGUCGUUGUCCUAGAAAUAGGAAUUCAAGUUCCAUGUGGCACAAUUUAUUGGUACGUCUGAAGACUUUUGUGGUGAUUGCAGCCCAAUUUUCAUACUAUUCACUAUCCAGAAAAAUAAAUUUGUGCAAAAUCUAAAUUUAAAAAACAGUUCGGCGCCACCGCAUUCUCAUAUCAAAGCGGACACGUUAGGCGAGUAAAAUUAUUUUGCGUUUUUGGGCCACCACAAUAUCGAUGUUUGUUACGAAGUACCUUAAAAAUAUAAGCACAAGGGGAAACUUCAUGUCAACUGUUCUUGGGUAGUUUUUUAUUUCGUAAAUAGGUAAAACAUUUAGCUGGACCUCUUGAAGGAGCCGUGGUCCCGGUGAGGUUUCAUUUUUAUAUACGUUUCUAAUUAUAGCAUAAUCAAGUAUUUUUCCUCGUAAUGCCAGUUAUAAAUACGGUACGUUACCUAACUCAUGAAAUGUGUCGAAAUUUACGAAUGAUUGCCAAUCAGUCACAAACCAACGCCAUCUCAUGAGUCCAGUGUUUAUGCUAAUUUAGCAAAAGUUUAAAACAGUUAAAAACAUAAAAGUCAUAUUAAAGGCAGUGUGGCGUUUAAAAAUGCCGGAUUUUAGAAAAGCGCAAGAGCCCGAAAAUGUCGGACAUUGCUCCAGUUUAGUAAACUUCGUUUUCGAUGCAUACGAAGAACUUAAUAAAUAUAAAAUUAGGAAUGAAAAACGUCUGAUAAUAGUGUUUUUGUGAAGUUUACGUAUAAAUAUCGUUUAAUAAUUAGUGUGAUUUCAUAUAUGACGGAUUGUCAACUGUCUGCAUUCUGAGUGUAGAUUCCAAAACAGUUUUCCAGGCGUUCGUGGUAGUCUUGAAUCGUUUGAGUUAGGAAAUUUCGUGAAUAUAUUGCGACGUCCAUUUUCGCUAAAAGUUAGUAAUAUUUGAUGUGAUAUAAUUACGUAAACACAAUUACCGCAGAAGAAAGAGAAGUGGAUGAGCGAACAAAAUGCGCAAUGCUAUGCACGAACAGAAAUUCUCGAAUCGGUUUCCAUUAUCAGGUUUCAUGAGAGAUGUCACGUACUAUAAGAAACAUUGGGUGUUAUGACGUAAAUUUUGUAUAUUCAUGCCGUGAAGUACAGUAACAACUUGUCAUACUCGAAGUACUUUGGCCACCUACCGACGUUGUUCCUCUUGAAUUGCAUGCUUAAAUUUCAUACAUGGCAAAUCAACAACCUUAAGGACAAUAUUAAAAAUCGUCGUCCCUUGUAGCAAAUGUCUCAAUUUUACAGAGCCCUAGGUAAAACUUAUAUAAAAAGAUAGGUGCACAGAAUAGAACAUUCUAAACGAAAGAGGUAAGGAUGCAUAAUUGCUAGUGCAUUGUCUGGAAGCGUCUAAAGAAUUUCAUUUCUGGACUUCAGUGCGUGAUUCACAGAGAGUUUUUUACUAUGAAAAUGCAUAGAGAGACAGCAAUAAGGAUUGCGGCUUCCAUUCUGAUAGCUGCGCCAUGCUGUACAUUUGCCAUAACCUCAAGCAUUAGCCCCUCUGUUCGUUAAAAAUUAUUUAUGUUGAGAAUUGCGGUUGCCAAUAUACCCCGAUUUACAUCGGAUGUUUGCUCAAAAAUGCAAGUCUUCUGAAAGAACGCCUACAUUUUUAUUUACACCCGCGAACCUCAAAUUCUCAACUAGAGAGUGGGAGAGGACAUAGUCCAUAAUGCGUAAUUUUGGGCUUUUUCUUGUGUUCCUAAUUCUAGCAGUUUUAAAAAGUAUAAAGUUUGCCAAAAGCAAUAUCUUACUUGGAAGAAUUUAACCCAAACAGUCUGAGUUAGUAGACUUUAAGUCGCGAUAUGUGUAUUGUCUGCUUCGCUAUAAAAAACUCACGAGCAAUUUACUCUGUGUUUCGUAUUCAAAAAUGUAUAAUUUUGUGGCAGUUGACUUUGGAUACCCUUUUCUGGUAGCUGGCUGUUUCGUCUACACUUUUUCUGAAAUCCGUCAUCGCAUCUGAUGCAAAAUGGUGUUCCAAUAAUGCAACACUUGUCGUCGUACAUCCAUCCGAAUAUAGAAGAUAGGCUAAACGGCAACCAAAUAUUUAACUGAGAGCCCCGAUCAGAGUGCGAUCAAAAGCCUACAAUUUGCAGUUAGUGAUUAGCAGAUUGGUCAAUCUGUACUCCUGCACAUAUGGCCAUCCUCCGUGUCCGUAAUGUUGCAAGUUUAGAACAAUGCAUAGUUGCUCAAAACAAUACUUUACGUGAAAUAGUUACCCUUGACUGGCCUUACGAAUUUCUUUUAAGUCGUGACAUUCAAAUUUUUAUUAUGCAUAAUGUUGUAGUAAUCAAGAUUGUACAAGAAGGCCAAAUGUGAAGCCAAGGCUCCACACAUGCUCGUCACCACGGACUGGUCACCUGCAGCAAAUACUGUUUUGUAGCAAAAUGAAUAAUAUUAGGAACUCUGUUUAGCGGUAUAUUUUUCCAUUUUUCCUUAAUUGCCACUUUUGGGUUUUGGGAAUAAAUGCGAUAGAACUACACUGCAGUGCCAAAUAACCGAAAGUGAGGAUGUCGAUGUGUCAUAAAAAUGGCAGACAAACCAGUUACGAUCCUCAAAGGCUCGCGCGUCGCUGUUACCGGGUAAUCGAUGAAGGCUAUUUCUGCAAAACUGUAUAGUUCAUUGAAAGCCAUUUUUCUUAUUUCUCAGGUUGAUCGGCGCAGUGGUCUUCGCGCCUUUCUCUGCCGUCUAAAAAACACAGGUGCAACAAUUUGGCACCAAGAUAUGUAUGCCUGGUUUUGGUUAUAAACCAAGCAGUCUCAUCCAAACCAUACAUCGCUAGAAACAGAGUCCAGUUUGGCAUGCACGUAAGAAAAUAUUUUGAUAGAUUACCCUUCCAAACUCCUCAAUAAGCCUCCAAAAGGCAUGCAGACAUCCGCGCGUUGCCGAUUGAACGUCUCUUUUAUCGAGCGCCUCGAGUAAAUUCCCAGAUCACUGAAGCGCGAAAAUUGGUUUCCAGCUUUAAAUAUGACAAUAAAACAUAGGAAUGCAAGUAAAAAAUAAGUCAUGAAAAAAACCAGGUUAAUCAUUUUUCUACCCCGAAACGUACUAGGCAAACAAGGGGAUACUCAGUUGGCUGUAUAUUUCACUGCAAAGCUCUGUACAAAAUAAAUAUAACUGAGUACUUGUUAUUGUCAAAAAUUCCGCACAAAGUAGUCAAGCUUCUUAAGAGUUAGCGGGUGCUUUUCGCGGUAAUAUAGACGUAGCAUUAAUAUAAAAGGAAAUGGCAAACUGCAGCAUUCUGUGCGAGCCAUUGCCCUUAUUUUAAAAUUGACGCUUGUAGGAGCUUGCAUGUAUUGCUCUGUUGACCGAGCACUGUCUGCGUUAUUUUGUCUGAAUUUCCUUUUUGAAUAUCAUCGAACACAGAAGGCGACAACUAGAGGAGAAACUUAUAAGUAGCCACGGGAAACAGGGCAAUGGGAAAUGCCCAGAGUAUGUUCUUCAGGGGAAAGAUAGGUUUCGGCGCCCGCAUCUGUGACGGUAAUGUACAGCGAGUGACCGAUCUUACAAAAUGUUGGUCGAAAUCCUGAAAUGCUUUUUUCGAUUAGGAAGGUUCACUCAGAUAGGGUUGGUAUAUUGAUUCUCAUGCAGCAGAACCUCAUGGUAUUUCGGACUAGCCAAAAUGUCGGUUUUUGAAUGAUCGCCCUAUCGACCUCCUGCAGAAACCACACUUAACAAAAAAUGACAACACACAAAACAGGCACUUUUCGCACUGAUUUGCGAUGAUCUUAUAAAUUUAAAUAUAUUAUAUAAAAAACGUACAGAAAACACGCUUUAUUAAUCAUUUGGAAGAAAAUAACAUUAUCUCUACAUUUACACCCUAAGAAGGCUAUCUUUUUAUUUCAAAGAGGUUACUGAUUAAGCGAUUUUUCAGAGCCUGUCAUUUCCAUAUAUACUGGACGGAACAUGUAUGUUUGCCAAUGUUCAUUAUGAAAUGUAUGGCCUAGUCAGCAUGCAUUACAAAACUUUAUGAACUCUUUAUGGGAUCUCCUUAACGCGAUAAAAGAUUAUAUUAUUUUCUUUGCGCUGAAAGCAUAAAGCUUGUAAAAUGAAAUCGUUAAACGCUAUUGCAAUGGCCGAUCAAUUCCGAAAUUAGUCGGGAAUUGAGAAACUUUUCAAAACCUUAAUAUACAACUUCUCUGAGCGUAAAAUAUCCAGACAAUUUGAUUUUCUACAAAGGACUACAGGAGAACAUAUUUCAUGAAUGUUGUCUAUUAAAUGCAUUUGAAUUUAUAAGAUCAUCGGAAAUCAGUGCGAAAAGUGCAUGUUUAGUGAGUAGUCAUUUUUGCUAAGCGUGCUUUCUGCAGGAGGUCGAUAAGUCAACCAUUCAAAAGCCGACAUCCUGUGGAGUCGGAAAUACUAUGAGAUUAUGUGCAUGAAAAUCAAUAUUACAACCCCAGCUAAGUAAACCUUCCUAAACGGAGAAGCAUUUCAAAAUUUCGGCCAACACUUCACGAAAUCGGUCCCGCACUGUACUGGGGAUGUUUAAGCGCACGCAUCUGUAAGGGUAAUGCAUUCUAGAAGUUUUCAUUAACCUUCAUUUUGUAUAGGUCGUGCAAUUUUAAUUUAACCAGUCAACAUUAUUUAUUAAGACGGCGGGCUUGUGAGUUUUCUCCGUAACCGCAAAAUCUACCCUGAUUUCGCAUUAUAUCAAUCAUCAAUUAAAGUAGAAACGACGUCAUGAACAAAAACCCUUUGUCCUACUUUACAAAAUGUGUUAGAAAAAAUUAAAAAAUUUUACGCUAAACAGAGUCAAUCCCAAUCGCUAUUCCCUAGUCUGAAUGAACAGCGUAGAUGGAUAAAAAAACGGAAUUUAAUUGGCAAAGUUUCCAACCGCUAUUGCGUUGUCAUACUCGAGUCAUUUUUAUUUUCAGAUAGUUCAUCAUCGAUGACUUGACUAACUUCCCCCAAAUAGAUCAACGAACGCCUUAUCCGAUGAAGACGCCUAUUGCAUGAAUAGCAAUUCACCAUAUUCCUCAGCAUCUAGGGCCUGCAGUGGAAAGUUAUGGCGACGUGAUUAACAACUGCUACGAGGUUCCACACGGUCCCCAAUCCUUUGCUUCGAAUACGGGCAUACUGAUUACCACCAGUGGGUACAGCACUGGCAUAGACACAAACGUCUAUAUGCAGAAGGCAGGUCCCCACGAAGUCUGUAACUGUCCCGUUACCGAUCCCUAGAACACCAUUCAAGGAGGGGACAUGUAUAGUAAAUGCCUAUAUUUGCUCGACAUGGGCACAAAUUGGAUACGAAAUUACAAAUUUAAGUGGAAUUCAAGUCUCAGAGAUGGAAGAAUAUAUUAGUAUCCGAUAUAGAAAACUGCUAGAUAAUAUUCGCGUCCAGGAUCCCGCGGACCGCAAAAAAAUCAAGAACGACUUCGCAGCCGAAGUAACUGCUUUGCUUCUCAGCCCUGACGUAACAACACCCUUGACGGAGAAAUUGCCCAUUUUUAAGCGCUGAGACGAGUAGUUCAAAGGUGCCAUAACUAAUCCAUCAACGAUUUCCAACGUCACCAUCCACCGCCUCCCCCAACCAGAAACGGACAACGACUCAGACCUUUCGUCUGGACUGUACGCGAACUCUGCGAUGGGGAAGCACCGGGAUCCGUCGUGAUAGCGAUCGAAGUUUACUAGCACAGCGGCACCGGCCGAUGACGAACUUGCAACGCUACUCCAAGCGGCGCGACCUCUAGAACGAAUUACUCGGUAGUUCAAGGAAAGUGAAAUGGCAAGCUGUAGAUAAUAUGAAAGGAAUCCCGCUGCACAAUAUCGUCAGGAAGAUUUACGCUCGCAUCCUCCGUACGCUUGGAGGUUAGGAACAUGAUCUGAUUGGCUCAAAUGCAGGAAGUCCUUAAACAUUCUAUAUCUACCCUUUAUCUUAAGAUUUUGGUGUUAGGAACUCAGCAAUAGACUCGCGCUUUUCACCAUCGCUGUUUAAUUCUCAUUUAUGGUUUCGAUCGCGGUAAGUUGUACGCCGGACCAAGAGCUAUGCGUUACGGCAAGUACGUAACAGCCUACACAUCUCUACGCGUCUUGUUUCAAGCUAGUUCUAGCGCACAAACUUUCGCUGAUUUGGCCAUAAGUGACUUUGUGGCUUGACGGAACACUAUAGACCCAUUCUCUGCGCCAUUUUCAUUAACAAAGGCUCUUUGUUACCAGACAGUACCAUUCGUGCCUGAUUUUACUUCCCAAGUAAGUUGCAAUAAAGAGAAAGUUUAGUUUUUUGUUUAUAGCACGACGGAUGCUCUGUGGUAAAACGUUUUAAAUCUAAAGCAAGAUGACUAUGCCAAAGUAUCGCGUUUUCUCAGGAAACCGAUUAAAGGACAUGCAGUUUACGGGCAUGACAGCAUAAUGCCCUCAAGAUUUGUUCCAAACAUUCUAGUCCGGCAUUUUGCAGUUUGAGUUCCAAACACUUAUUGCCUCCUUUGUGUUGUUUCGUCCUGCACGUAAGACAUUCCUUAAAUUGCAUCGAAUUUCAUCCGCAUACAACACAGAAAUUAUUUUGUUAGGUGAAACAAUACCAGAAAGACGUUGUAAGUAUUGAAUUAAAAAAAAUAGUUCCUUUGCUUAUGGGUGACUUUCUCCUCCAUAUUACAGCGGUUUCGGAAAUUCGCAGGUUACGCCAUCAAGGCUAAUGUUAUGUGACUUCUGGACUAAUGACGCUAAGGUUGUACAGACAAAAUAUUUUGCUUUGCACUCACAGUGUUCUACUGGCCAAUUAAAUAAGGAGAAUUUGUAUGUCGAUUGCAAAUGAAUGAGCAUCUUUGUGUGGGUCGCCCUCUCCACCUAUAAGAAUUAGGGUUUUUGAUGUAAACACAUGACUACUAUUUCCGCAUCCGGAUAGCCCUCCAGCAAUCUACCGCUACAGACGCCGAAAAUAACAUUUUGGCUCUUGGCAGCAGUUGAAAAGAGAAAUAUUGUAACGCAGAUAAUAUGAAAGUCGGUGGGGACUGUCUGUGUAAUUUCCAUGUCAGGUGGAAAAUGGUUCUCCUGUGUUGGCUUCUGCUGCUGUUAGGACCAACAUUGCAGGGUAAGUCACUGCAACUGUCUUCUUAUUGUCUCAGUACUGUCUAUGACGGCUGAGGAAAAUCUGCAAGUAAUUUCUUUUAUAACAAUCCUACAUGAGUGUCAAAUAUAUCGGUGGUUGGGCAAAUUUCCUUUUGGAAGACUAGAUGGUUAAUUUCGGUAACCUUUGAAAAAGCCAAAAGGGACUCAAUUUAAAAAGAUACAGCUAUUGAAACACUGCCUAGACAUUUGUUACCAUCGGUUAUCUUUUGUGAAAGACCAGGUUGACACGAAAUAGGCUAUGUGUAAAUUCUAUCUGUUUGAUAGUCUUUUUAUUUAUACAGGUCCAGUUUAUUGUUUAAAACGAUUGUUACUAAAUGCAUAAUGUAUUUACGAGUCGACAAGUUUGACGCCAUGCCUCUACUGUACGGGAAUUCUACUCGGGAUCGGAAAUAUUACUGAUAUGCUUAUAAUAGUACAUUCUGAGAGGAUGCGAAAACGGAAUAUUUUAGUCACUGAUUCCCGAGUUUGGGUGCGCUCUGUAGGCAUCGUCCUUUCCCUAUAUACCGUCAAUUCAGAACUAUAAUUAGUUAACUUAGGUGAAUUGUUUAGUUCAGAAGUCCCGUUUUGCUAAGAGAGGACAAUACUGUUUUCGGAGACAUUUGGCUGAAAGAUGUAGAAUUGAAUGUCGCGAAAACGCCUUUUUUUGAAAUAACCAAAGUGGCUUUCAGUGUUUAACGCAAUGAACAAAAUGUUUCACCGCUUAUCUGCAAAUAUUACUGAUAACCAACCUCAGCAUGAAUUACUAAAACAUGUUUAGCUCAAGAAGUUAGGAUUCAAUAUGUCAGCCUACCUGCCAAUUUGGUUGUUUUAUUUGUGUACAAAGAAGAUAAACAAUCUUAUAACGGAUCGGUUAUUGUUGUUUAGUUGUAAUUCAUUACAUAUUCCAAACUUUUCUACACACUUUUCAGCGCUAAAAUAAGGCCAUUAAUUCAAAGCCAAAUAUUAUUUUCACUGUUAAGUAUGAUUGAUCUUCCCUUGUCCUCUGCUUCUAAAAAUGUGCUACAUUUUAUCGCACAUAGAUACAUACCGAGUAUAUUUGAAUUCUUGACUGCGUGUAUCCACUGAAUGUUAUCAAACGUCACCUUCGAACGUUUUAAAUUGCACUUGUAAACUUGUAAAUAAACGAGCGGAAUGGUAUAAAGUGUAAGAUGUGCUCGAAUUGUAAGCUUUGCACAUUUGGUAUGCUGACCAGUGUAAGAAUGGAGAACCUUGAGCCGAUUCCCUACAAACUGCAAGUUUUGUGCACAGAGGGUGGAUUUGUGAAUUAUUCGCCAUUCCUUACCCCCCCUCCUCUCGAGAAACGGAUCCACUUGCACGAGCAAAUGGGAGUUGUUUUUGUUUCCACCGAUUAGCUCCAACCUAAAAAAGGCCUCAAGUCUUAGCUAAAUGAAGUCCACAACCUAGCAAACUAAAUUUGCCGACCAUCACUUCUUCAUUAUUAUUCCAAAGUGGACUGGACACGCCACAUCAUCGCCCUGACAGACACCAAGUUAUGCUACAAAACUCUCACACCUGCGCCAUAUUUCACCGUUAGUAGGUUGAGUAUUCCACUGGCGCUUUUUAAGAGAGACCAUGCCUGCAUCACGAAAAAUUGCCAGUGCAAACAGAGUGAGCUCAAAUUCCAGGAGUAUGCAGGCGUAGGGGGGAAACACGUUGGGCAGAUGCCCCUUCGUUUACUCCAAUCGAUUCGGUAUUACAAUGACAAGCUGCCCCUUUCAAUUUUUCGGCAACUGUAUGGACCUCGUGUGGAUGAACGAUUGUGCGCACACUCCGAGAAGUCCACAAUGUGGCAGAAUCUGCGUGUAAUAUUUUUCGUGCACUGUUGCAUUUUUUCAUUUUUUGAAAGAAGCUCAUUUGCUCUCGAAAAAAGUUUGAGGAAUUGCACUUGCCAGGGAUUUCGGCUGUGCUAAUGGGUAUUCGUGGCGCCGAUUUUGAAUUUAUGUAACGAGCGUGUCUAGAUGGUUAGAUGGUUGACUUAUGGUUAUGGUGACCAGUUGGACCUUGAGCGAUUAAAUCUUGGCCAGAAUUUCCCGUGGGUAAUACCAAUGUGAUCGCAUAUUUUCAAUAAGCGGGUAACGUACGAAAAAUCCGCUGACCAUAGUAUUUUCUCUGUGAAAACCGUCCUAUGCGAACCGCAACCCAUGAGUAGGAUAUUGUUUAAAUUGAAUCUUGCCAAGCGAAUGCCAAAAACAAAUCGCUGUCCCGUCUAAAGUUUUCCCUUCUGCUAACUAAGGGCAGACGAAAUAACUAACACAUACCGCUUUUACCGGGCAACGUGAAUGUCGUCACUUGGAAACUCAUGUCUGAUAUAAAAAAGGUGUUUGCUACAUUUACUUAAUUUACCGAUCUGUCGUUUGCGGUUUUUCAACAUUCAAAGUGCAGCCUAGACAUAUGUGCCGUCUUCACCGCCUACCUUUUAACGAGGAGGUUGUUGAUUCAAUUAGGAAAAAGUAGAUAAGAGAAACUCCAUUGAGACACGACAAAAUGAACAGUGUUAAGCGUAACCGACGUCCAUGGUGAUUGAUCGUACCGCGUUCAAAAUCCAACACGUGUCAAAUGAAGUGGGUAUGACUCCUUACUGAAUAUUUUUUUCAGGCAAAAGCAAAUGAAGCUGUCGAAUUUAUCGUUUUUAAUUUUGGAAAUCUUUGAGUGGGUUAUCUGUUCAACUAACUACGUAUGGGCUAACGUUUUGCCGAUUCCCAAAACACACCCGAUUCCUACGAUCGUUUGUAGUACGCAUGGGCAUUAACGAAUUUUGCGAUUAACAACAGUUUGAAUCAAGUAAUAAUAAUAGUGAUAAAGUGAUGGAUUCUAACUACCGUCUGUCAGAUAUGAAUGGUAAGUUGGCAGACUUCAUAGUGCGAAAUCCAAAAUUUGCCGCAUGUAUUUAGUCAUGAAUGGGGCGAUGGAUCGAUUAUAACCCAGUAAACUUGUGUUAAAUGUCACAUGACAUUCAAGCUGAGCCUUAAAAUCAGCUUUGCUAGAAAGCCUCUUCGCCAACAGUUUCUUACGUAAACAAAAUUUGUCCUUGUGCUUAUCCUCUUUGAUAGAUCACGAAAUGUGCGCCGGGUGUGUGGAGACUUUGCACAAAAAUAUUUUGCUCAACGUCGGUAAAAUAUUUGCUCCUUUUUCACUCAGUAGUUGACAAGUAGUGUACAUCGUUCCGAAAUAUAGGCUAGUUGCCUCUGUGGAUCACCCUGCCGAAGUGGUGACUACCGAUUCAAAUGACGAAUUAGAUAACGGCGAUCCCACUGAACCAUAUGAAACUAAUACAAAGGUAUCACUGGGACGGAAUGAGCAGAAUAUGACAUUUUGCUAAAUAUUUGUAAUCCAAAUCCACAUAACUGCUCUGAGAAAUUUCAGCUAAAGUUAAAACUUCGGAAGAUCCUAAGAUUUCAAGAGUUGGCUUAAAUCAGUCGGUGAUAGGGUGAGAUGUUUCUUAUUGCAGUGAACUGUGCUGUUUUCACUCUUCCUUAUAUCAGUUUCAUGAUCACCAAAUCAAGCACCGUAUUACCUUUAUCGAAAAGCGGAUUGGAAAGCGAUUGCCGAUUCUGGUGGCAAAUGAAUAAAGUAAAAAUUGUUAAAGCCACUUUAACGCUAAACUCUUUGACCAAGAUUUGACUAUUAUUUAGUAUAUGACCAGAAGAUUCAGGCCCUACUAAUGAUACUGCGUAUGGCAAUGUAAUGGUUUCUGACCCUACGAUCAAGAAACAAUUCUCCAACAUCCGCAUUUGGAUUGGGUGCGCGAAAGGUCAAAUGUAGAUACUACUGCGUACUUUGCACAUUGUAGAUUGUUAUGCUAAAACACUGAGGCACAAGCUACCCUUUUAUACUACGUGUUAUGGCGUAGUCCACAUUGCGUUUUUUGAAAAUGUAAGUGCGAGCUUUUUGGAACUCACCCAUAUGGAGAGCGGUAACUUGUUCGAUAAAAAAUGAAUACUUAGAGAAAGUUUAAGUGAAGACUUGCAGAAACAGAAAUAACAUCCACUAUAUUAAAGGAAAGUCAGUCAUCCGAAAUGCUUUUGAUGCUGUCAAAUCACAAAAUGCCAGUUAAACUUUUAGUUUUCGAGAAGGCUGUAAGAUAGCUUUUGCCUGAUUUUUUAACGAGGGUCGAAAGACUGUGUACCUAGACAAGAUGUGUAGAUUUCUAUUCACUUUGGUACAGUUUAUUCCAAUCAAACUUGCACACCUUCCGCUGGUUACGAGUCAUGCAUUUGGAAGAUAACACAUUAACGGCCUUUGGACUAAGGUCAGAGGCCAGAUUGCACAUUAUGUAUACAUGCACAUCGGUUCUUUCAGAGAUUUCCUGCAUCACAACUUUCUUCCGAGGAGUUAACUAUGUCCUCAUUCUAAGUUAGAUUUAUUUAGCGCAGCAAAACUUCACAAUGACAGUUAAAAUAAUACUUUCUUGCUGUUGAUGAAUUGAAUAAACCGAUAGUUUCAGUUUUUUACAACUCAGGUUCCAGCGAGUAUGUAUCUGGACUCAGCACUUCUGUAACUAAAUUUUUUGAAGAUUUAAAUACAAAUCCAUAUGACAAAUAAAUAACCAGGGUUCCGCUGAGACAAAAGAAAAUGAAACAAAGAUGUGUACACUCAGAUUACAGGAUGAUUUCAUUGGAAACAAGUUAGUGGAGGCAAUGGAAUCGGCUGAGCAAGGUAUACAUAUUUACUGUGCAUUUCAUGCACAACGCAGUAUAAAAGCUGACUUUUGUGCUCUCUGAUUGUUCAUGAUCUUGCGAUGUAACGUUUUGUCAGACGAUAUUUGGAGGUCCCGGCGGCGUCAAACUGGUUGCGGACUUCGCUCCAAUGAUAAAAGUUUUACCGUCUGAUGAACAUGCUGGCUUGCAUUCGAAUUAAUCGUCAGCUUGCGUUCGUUUGCGCCGGUGGGCAAUUUUACACUGCGAUUAAAUCAUAGGCUUGAAAACGGCAUUCAGUUCUUCCCAUAUGAUUGAGAAUAAUAUUUAAUAGGAUGAGUGAAAACCCAAAUUUGUUGGAGAGUACAUAAGCUCGAUCUGUAAUUAAGUCAGACAAUUCCAACCUCACCAGAAAGAAAAGAAAUGAAAUUCAGUGGUUUGCCACUUGGCCGAAGAACCAAAACGUUCCAAAACAAGGGGAAAAUAUGAUGACCAUACGCUGAGGCGUAAGCGAGUAUUCCAUCUAUAGGUACGAUACAAUACGAGUAGGUGUGCUAGCUGAUGAAAUAUUACCCGAAAUUCUGAAAUGUUUAUGAAUCAAAAAGAUAACUAAUGUAGGUGUAUAAUAUCGAUCAUUGAGCAGCAGAAUCCCAUAAUAAUUCAGCUGCUUUACGAUGCUGGCUUUUGUAGGAACCUCUUCAAAAUCGCCUGCAAGAACUGCACUCCAUAAAAAUGACUACGUAUGUAGUAUGAAUUUUCCCAUCGAUUCUAGAUGUCAUUAUACAUUCAAUUAUAUUUAACAGGAAGCAUGCAUACAAAUAUUCAUUCCUCUACUCACUUGGUAGAAAAUUACUACGUUUUCUAAUGUUAUUCUCGAAGGAGGUACAUAAAUCUGUUUUAAACAAGUUUUAAAUUAUGGAAAUUUUAUAUACCGUAAAAUGGCCGUUCGUACAUGGUUAAAAAACCGAUUUAAUUGCCGAAUUAUUUUGAACACAACAAGCCAUUACAUUUGCAUUCAGUGUUUGGUAACUUUAAACUGCUGCUUUCCUUGUACGGAAUUUCAUGCUUUUGUAUUCGGUAUUAAAAGGGACCAUAUGGCGUUCACACAAUUUCGUAGUUGGUUUGAGCCAUAUUGCUAAUUCUUAAAAAUAACAUUUGUAAAUGCAAAAUGAACGAUGUUUUAUGAAGAAGCAUUUCACGAUCUUAGAAAAUCACAUAAAUAAAAACUAUCUAAAACCGAAUUAUGCCCUUCCUAAGAGCAUGCAAUCUAUAAGAAGACGUGAUGUUCUACCAAAUGAAUAGAAGAAUGAAUACUUUUACAUAUGUGUUCUAUAGGAUACAUUCCAAUUUAUAAGGGCAUCGAAAAUCAAUGAGAAAAAUUAAAGAUAACCACUUAGUCGCUGUUUAAACAGUGUACUUUUUGCAGGCGGUCGGAAUAAAGUUCGUUCAAACGUCAACAUCGUGAAGUAAAUGAAUUAUCAUUGGAUUAUGUUGUAUGAUGAUUAGCAUUACUGCCAACUUAAGCAAUAUUUUCAAGUCGAAAACGCAUCUCAGAAUUUCGGUUAACAUUUUAUGAGUUGGCACAUCUACUGUACGUCUUGGGUGGGGAACCGAGCAAAUGCACAGAUUAACACCCCCAAUGAAUAGCCGGCGACGUUAAUUGAAAUAAUAAAACCAACUGCAGUUUUAAGUAAUAUAACUUGGUCUCGAGAAAGACGUCGACCGCUCAGGUUACAAUGUGUUUUAGUUAUGUUUAACUAUCAGUCUGACUUAAUGCAUUUACAGACAGUCGCGUCAUGACAACUACACACCUGGAAGGAGAUGUCGAUUUCGUCCAAAUGGACUGAGACAACCAUUCUGUAUUACACUCUGUCCCCCCGUCAUGCAUGCUACUAUGUUAGUAAAGCUGAGUUUCAUAUUUGAGCAUUUUCGGUAGUCGAGAUACUUAAGCCGAAUGUUCUACCAAUACGCCACAGGCCCGUUUUCUUUUCGGAUAACCGUAAAUAUUCCCUAGACGUAUGCCAACUGCAUCUAAAUUCCAAAAAAUUCAAUAAAUAUAAUAACGUUGCGCAAACAUGGUGCGAGAUUUACUAUAGGCCGAUUGCGACAGAGUAAAUCGGGCCUGACCCACGGAAGACGGCGGCCAAAGUAUACGCAAAAUAUAUUUGCCAAUUACGCUUUGCCUAGUAAUUAGUUGUUUACGUUGCAUUAUGUAGCCCCUGCUUCAUCUGCGCCUGGUCUCAGCACCACAGACGGCAAUGCAGCUGAUGUAAAAAUCAUCCAUUCAGAUGAGGACGCAGACAAACGGGAUUCCGUUGGAUCAAACGAAAACACAAGAUCCGCAGUCGUACCCACUUCCCAUGGUGAUUUGGUUGGGGAUGGUCCUGAAGCCCCACUCGAAUCAAAUGAGAACGGUAAGUCUCCUUGUUUAACAGUAUUUGUGCGCCAAGUGAUGUUGGGGUUGAGCAUAUUACCAUAGCCUUCGCAUUCAAUGCAGGCCGAAGUUGAUAUCAAGCAUCUUCCUGCGGCAACUUAUCGAUAAAAAUAGCCAGUGGCAUUUAGAUGAUUUAUUCCUCACAAUGCUAUUAGCCACUUGGUUAAAUUAUUUAGCAUAAUUCAUUAACUUUUCUGUUAAAACAGGUUCCGGUGUCUCUGAACCUGCUUACAAAGCUUCUGGAGACAGUUUAAUGACAACAAAUAUUGUUGAUUCAAACUAUGACACAAAUAAACUGAACCCUAUGAGAAGAGGUGGAAAUAAACCUGGAUCAGACAUAUCAGAUGUCUAUGAAUAUUGGACGGAAAUGAGUUCGACGAUCCCAUUGGAAUUAGAUGGGCAUGGCAUGGGUGCGAGUGAAAAAAUCUUAUCUUGCACGCCAUAAGCAUCCUUACACAUCUAAAUAAUAUGUGCGUGAACAUAAAGCCAGCAUGUGCCGAUGUAUGCUGUAUGAUGAGCAGACAUUGAGUCUUAAGCCACGUUGUCGUCAGCAGAUAAGUGUUAAAAGCCAUGACACUUGUCAAAAAGUACAUUCAUCCUAACGCUUCUCUUUUAUAAUGUAAAAUGCAAGUUCUUCAGGUCCCAAUUUGUGGCUGGCAGGUGUCGUGUAAAGUUAAGGCAUUGGUUAUAUCAAGAAAUAUAUACGUGCCAUAAUUUAAUAAUUUUGCACAGAAAAGUAAUACCUAUUCAAAUGAUGAAGUAAAAAUCCGCAUUUUACUAACUGCCAAAAUAGAAUUGUCAAGUUGCGUGCAUAGAACUCUCACACAUAUUUGGUUGGGACCACUCCGAUACACCUAACGGACCAAAGCGCAUAUGGAAAACUCUUUUUUUGAAAAUAUAUUACGUGGUCUGCGACACUAAUUUUGAGCACACGGAAAACAUUAACCAAAAUAUCUUUGUUAAUUACGUUUGACCAAGAAACUAGUUGUUUACCUUGCAAUAUUCAGUCAGUGGUUCAUCUGCACCUGGUCUCUCUAUUUUAAGGUAAAAUGCAAGUUUCAUAGGUCCCCAACUUAUGGAUUAUAAGUGCUGUGCCAGUUGCAGGCAUAGGGCAUAUGAAGUAAGGCAAGCAUGCAAGAAAAUAUUGAGAGAAGCAGCAUUUCAAAUGCCCUUGGCCCCCAGAUGCCUUGCAUGAUUAUGGGGCAAAACUGAGCGUCCAGUUAAUGAUCCGAUCUCCGAAAAUGCAACCACACUUUUGUGUUUCAGUUAGUUGUGGUCUGUGCUGUAGGACUACAUCCACCAUCACCAAUGGACCUCUUGCUCUUUACUAACAACCAGCCGAAGUACUUCGAACUUCUAGUGGAACAGCGAUAUUUUGUGAGGUUGUAUUCCACCUGCAGCUUAAACGCCCGUCUGCCAGUCCCGCGCUCAUCAGCGUUACAAACCAGUCAAAUUAAGUCUCAUCUACGUCCAAGGCUAAAGUUGGGCCGAACGGUGGCGCCUAAGUCAGCUGAAGGGUAAGCACAAAAUUGUGAGUGAUCUGACCGUUCGAAUUUCACGAGCGGCGAUGACCACGGGAUGCCGCACAGAGACGGCAGAGCACCGACAACGGGAGCGAAAAUUAGCUCAAAGUGUGGCACACCUAUGGCGACAGCGUCCAUUCCACUCCCGGAUCCUCUACCCACCUCACGCCGACGGCCAGACAACGUCAAGAUGGUCAAAGGCGGGCCAGGUCGAAGUGGUUGACAGCCCUUAGCGGUCCGCCUCCCACGCAUACCACACGCGGUCUGGUCCCAACAAUGUGUGCCAGGCAUUGGUAACCGCGUCUUAACUCUUAUAUCGCCGACUUAGACGCAUUAUUUGUUCAUUUCGCAGACACAAAGAUUAGCUAUUGAAUUUGUUCACUAAGGGAUCGGUAUUCCUCUGGAAAAGAGAGCAAUAAUGUUGAGUUGAAUGCAUACAAACCUCACAAUUAUUUGGUUAGAACCCGUCCGUCAAACCAAACGGACUCAAAUGAACAUGGGUCGACUCUUAUCUGAAGAUGCAUUUUGCAGUUGUGACAUAAAUUUUAGGCGUAUCGAAAGGAUCUCGGCAUUUAGUGCCGACCAAACAUGUUUUCGGUAUUCUCAGUGGGUUCAUUCUCAGUGGUAUUCCACCACUACCAAAACAAAUAUGUUUGGGAAAAUUAAUUAUCGAUACGAACAAAUGUUAAAUGUCCUCCACGUUCAAGCUUUUUGUUAAAGUUAUUAUCCCUAGAAUUCCGAUUCCUAAAUAAAUUUUGCCGAAUAUAUUGACAACGUGUUUAUUCGAAAUUGCCGCUCUGAAAUAAUGAAAAACCAGCUUUAGGACCGAAGCAUAGAUGUUAAUCUACCGGGAUCUUAUGGAAGAGAAUACGAUUGUUAAAUUUCACUCUGAUAUCAUAAUAAGCGUUGCUUUACUCCUUUUAGGUUCCCCGAUAUUAAAUUAUUCAAAUUGUUUAUCAUUUUAGGUUCAAUUCAAUUGACAUCUUUCUGAGUCUUCUAUGCAUAGAUAAAAUUAAAAUGGCUAUUUUAUUCGAAAAACCGAGAUUAAACGUUUGUUCUAUUUACAACAGAUUUACUCAUUCCAUGUAAAUGAGUGACUAAACGGCUACUAAAUGUUAAAGAAUGCGAAGACAUUGCGCCUUCCCUUGUCCUGUUUCCAAAAAACGAUAUCAGAGAAUAACGACAUAGGAAAUGAAAACUUAAUAGAUGAUGACUGGCAAGUCCUGAGAGAUAUUUGAUUUCUAAAAUCCGACCGUUAAAGUGCUAGCACAUUUCGACGCAAAAUUGUUUUUGAAUAAUCCUGCGUCAGCAAAAUGUUCGAGUAGUGUGUUUGCGUGAGAAUUCUGUUAUCUUAUUUCAAACCGAUCGGCCCUGUAGGAUUCCUGCGAACGAAGGCAUUACAAACAGCAGCAACCAUCAUCACAGUCGUUGGGAUAGCUUAUCUACUAGUGCUGGCAACUGGUUUUCUCCAGGGCAUUCCGCAAAUCCCCUCCACCUCUGACGUAUAUGGGAAAGGGGUGCGUACUAACCACACAUUCAGCGGAUAUCUGGAACCCAAUUCGAGUCUCAAGUAUGUAUAACCUGCACAUAUGCCCUUCUAAUGUUGAUUUCUUGAUCCAAAGGCUUCCUUUUAUCAGCGGGCAAGUAAAAAAACGAUUAAAUCUUGUUUUAGUGCUUUCGUCCGCAUGUUUCAGAAGGAGGGAUAUGGAAAGAAGGAAAUGACGGAACUUCCAACGCAACGGAGCGUCCGUAAGCUUAAUGUUCCAUGCUCUAGUUUUAGCUAUCAGGCGCCUUAAACCAAAUAAUGCAGGCUCCGGUAGUCAUUGGGAACUUAAUAACAGAAAGAAUAUCUUACUUUAAUUAACUGAGUCAGUCGGACUGAACUGCUACAUUUGUCCCUCAUAAGAUAAACGUCCUUAAAACAGAAUUGAUUAUACUCACCCUUCUUACUCAUUAGGAUUGAUUUCAACCAAGUAACCACAGUAUGUGCUCUUGCUUUCUUAAGAAGGUACACCGUACGAUGUGCUCGAGUGAAUAACAGGACGUUCUAACUCCUCUGCCCUGAAGGAGAAUUAUAAUGGUUAAAAUAAUAGCGUCACCCGAAAUAAAUGCCGAUGUGUGGUCUUAAAUUUAAGCGUUAUUUAUUUAGUGCUUAUAAGUCUGAGUAGUGUCCUUGCGUGAGAACUCUUUAAUCUAUGUGCCUUUGAAUAAAAAACUAGGUAUAUUUUCUUUAGUCUUGACAUGGAUUUUGUUAUUUGAUUGGAAUUAUCGAAACGGGGGACAAGAAAUCUGAAGGCACCGUGUUCGUCAGGGUAUGCCGUAUGCAUUUCGCAAGCAAACCAACGCAACAAUUGUCACCAUAACUAUCUAUGGUGUUUAUUUUAAGGUUUUAAAUUCUCACAAGUGCAGGCAUUUUUUCCUGAAACACUGUUCGGGGGAUUUCGACCUCUCCGAUCCCCAUCGUCCGUGAUGAACGAUGAGUCUGUGUAAGACCAUUUCAGCGCAUCUGUUAAGGCAUAUUUUAGUCAGACCAUCGAAGAAUUAUCGGAGAAACGAUAUGUCGCAUGGUCUAGUGUUCAGAAGCACGGAAACGGAUAGAUUAAAUUGUUAAAAAAUGAUUUCAGGUGCCAUUCCAAUUUUAAUUAGAAAGCCAAGAUCAAACUUUCCCAAUCUUAAGCAUUUUUAAGUAGAUGUGCGAGAAAGGUACUACUUCAUUGCAAUGUCUCUGAAAAUGAGAAAUUGUUUUAACGUUAAUAAUGAAUGCAAGCAACAAUGGAUUUCCCUGUGCUAUAUGCCAGUUUCUAUGCUGAUAUCGAGCGUUUUCCUUGACAAAUUUUGCUGUAUAUGUGGCGGGGCGUAGUAGGGAUUCAUCACUUCGAGUCACUGGAACAAAGUGAGACCGUAACAGCGGAUCUCUUGUAUCAGCAAUUAGAACGUUUGAGUCUACCUCUUACGCCAAGCACCCUGUGCUAACCAGUAGAAAAGGUAUCGUUCUGCUGCAUGAAAUGUUAGGGAGGGGACAUUCGCACAAUUAUCUCUAUGCACCCCCUUGUUCGCCAUCCACUUGUACGUUGUCUGCAUCCCCGCAUUAAUCCCUAGGCAAAGAAACUGUUUCGAAAUAUCGAUGAUGUUAUAACUCUUGAAGCCUUUGCAUCAGAGCAAACAUCCUUUUAAAAAGAGGAUAUUAAAAACUCAGUUUAAACAACGGGUGCAAUGAUUACUGGCGAUUAACACACAAUAGGCUUUUCAGUAAAAACCUUUGCUUGCCAUUUAUUAACGAGUGACAUCACCUUCUGACACCCUCAACACAUACAGUGAAUGACCGAUCUCAUGAAAUGUUGACCGAAAUUCGGAAAUUCCUUUUUGACUAGGAAAAAUUAAUUAGGUACCGUUACAAGAUUAAUUAUCAAGCGACAUAGUCCUGUAAUAUUUCUGACUCGCCAGGAUGUCGGAUUGUGAAUACUUUUAUUUUUACCUCCUACGAAAAUCGUACUGCGUAAGAAAUGACAACUUAGAUAGCAUGCAUUAACAUUGAUUUUGAUGUUCUUAUAAAUUUAAAUAUAUUUUACAGGAAAUAUGCAUGAAAAUAUGCUUUCUUUUGCUCAUUACGGUAUCUUUGCAUUUUAUACCUGAAAAAGGGGUAUAUUUGGCUUUUGGAAAAGUUUUUUAUUACGGGAUUUUGAAGACCGUGCAUUAUCCAUUCAUACAGCAUUGUACAUGCACGUUUGACAAUGAUUCUCAUGAAAUGUAGAACAUGAUCCGCAUCCUUUGCAAUAUUUUGUGAACUCUGCAUGGUAUCCUCUUAAAAUAAGAGAGGAAUAUAUGAGUCUCCUUACGCCGACAGCAUGCACCUUGAAAACUGAAAUGGCUAAAAGCUUAUGCAACGGCUGAUCAGGCUCAGAGUUAUACGGACGUUGGAAACUUUUCGAGACCUAAAUGUACCGUUUCUUCAGGUUUAAAAUGUAAGGACAACACUAUUGUCUACCAAAAGAACAAAAUAAAGCAUAUUGUAAUGGGUGUUUCCCAUAAAAUAUAUUUGAAUUGAUAGGAACAUCAAAAAUCAAUGUUACAAAUGUAUGCUUUCUAAGUAGUAAUUCCUUACCAAGUGCUGUUUCAAUAGGAGGUUAAGAAGAAAUGCAUUCAAAAGCCGACAUCCUGACAAGUCCGAAAUCUUAUAGGACUAUGUCCCAUGAUAGUCAAUAUUAUAAAUCUCCACUAAGUAAUCCUUCCUACUAGAAAACGCAUUUCAGAAUUUCGGCUUACAUUUCAUGAGAUUGGUUACUCAUCAGAAAUGUCUAUUAAUUAUACAGGAUUCCGUUUUGUCUUCUUCUUGAGUUUUUGUUUGUUUCCGAUAUUGACAAACUGUAAGGACUGAUCUAUAUGGCCUCCUAAAGAGGACACGGAAAUAGGAAUGUAAAAAUAGCUGACCUGUAGUGAAUUCCGGAAACGACGAAAUAUUCCCGUGUUCUAACCCAGCCAACAACCCUAACAAAAAACUAAACUGUUGCCCUAUUUUUAAUCUUAACUUUACCCUAAAUCUGCAGUUAAUACUAGUCCCUUUAUUGACCCUUAAAUUGUCCUGGUCUUAUCCGACAUGGAUUUCAAAUGUAGCCUUAGAAUUAGUACCUUACCCUCAACCUAUCACUAAUAUUCCUUGAGGCUGGCUCAACGUCACUCGUAUUGCAGGCGGUUGCUUUUUUCAUGCCCUGUUACAUGGGCCAUAUAAGUCAGCAUUAUCGAAAUGGUUGACAUCUAAUUCCUUCCCCUACGCUAAUGAUACCGUAUGUCCAGGUAGGUUUCAUCUUUCCAUGUUAACAAAACUCGUAUAAACGUACAGAAAAAUGAAUUUCGCCAACCGUAAUUAAGCGUUUGUCCGCACGUCUGAAAGGGAAAAUCGACUCACAUUCCAUAGCGCAAUGAAGCGUAAUUGGCAGGUAAUGGUCCAGUACAUGUCAAAUAGCCAGAACGUUCUCCAUUUCUCCCACACCUUCUGUCAGCAGAUAAAUUAUGGAUUUCAACAGACGCUGUCAUUUGGGAAAGGACGGAUGAUUCCUUGCCCAUCAAGUAGAAACAUAUUAUAGAUCUUUCUUUCUCGGAUGGAUGCGAAUAUGCGAAUCUCAGGGAAAGGAGGGAUGAUUCCAUGCCCAUCGCGGUGAAGCAUAUUAUAGGUCGUCCUUCCUAGAGGUCUGCCUUCAGUUAAGUUCCUGGAAUCUGAUAGCAAAAUUGUUAACUUCUCUGACUUUUCCACCUUAGGCAUGGCAGUAGAAACGUCAUAAGAAUUGCCAACACGUUGCACACAAAACAUCCGGCCUCUGUGCAAUGGCCAACCGUAGAGGCAAAUAGAUGGCGUAGCAAUUGGUUCACCUUUUGGAAUGUUCCUUACAAUUUUUGUUCAUGGGCAAAGUCGAUAAGACAAGGUUACAAGAUAUUAUUAGUGACAUUGACUUCUACGGUCGGCACUUGGACGAUAUUUUCUGCCCGACGACCACUGAUAAAGUCCAAAAGAUUGAAAGUGAACACCCCUGAUUAAAGUUUUCUGCAGAGUUUGAGGCAGACAACGAAAUCGCGUUCCUCGAUGUUCUUCUGCACAGACAAGAGGAUGGGUUUAUCCAACGUAAGGCAUUCCGAAAGAAAAAUUGGACUGGAUAAUACACUUAUUUUCACAGGUUUGUCCCCCUAAAUAUUAAACGCAAUUUGGUCCCGGGAUUGGCAGUUACAGUGCGGCGUAUCUGCUCGCCUAAGACUGUUGAGGCAGAAUCACAGCAGCUGAAGGAUAUACUUCACGAAAACGGAUACCAAAAGAUAUUUAACCUCCGAAAUGUAGGGGAGCGUACUGAAAAGCACACAAUGGCAACUGCAGAAAAGAAAAACUUAUUUAUAAGACUAACUCUUCAAGGGCACACAGUAAGUGGCAUAGUAAAACGACGCAUGAAGGCAGCGACCACUAGCGCUUUCCCCGCGGCGAAUUUACCUGUACGUUUCACGAACUCUCCUCUCCUACGCUUGGGAGGUAAAGACCAACUACUGUUGAUGGCCACAUCGGGGUGUAUUUACUCAUUCACUUGCUCCUGUGGAGUGAAAUACAUUGGCUGUCCAACGAGGCGCCUGGAAAAGAGAGUAGGUGAACACAUACCGGCCUGACUAGACAGAGGUGAAAACAAAUGGAUUCCGAGUUCCAUCUUCGCACAACUUGUCGAUACGAAUCACCGAGUUGAUGCCAAAGAAGAGUUUUAGAUUGUCUAUCGGACACCAGCAAGCCUACCCAGAGGCCUACGCCAACGGGUGCUAGCUACAGCCGAGGCUAGACAAUCCAGUGCUAUGCUGUCAGAAGACGUUGACACAGGCGCUAUGUCUUCCGUGGCCAACACCGCCCCCAGGCGACAAUAAUGCGCCACCUCAACCUCCUGAUGGCAGUGAUGUAUGGUCAACGUGCCCGACUUAAAAGCACCACUCACAGCAUAUGGCACCCUCCUCCUCACCCCCUGACAUGGUGACCAUAAAACGCCGAAGCUUCCAUGCGGAUGACGUGGGAAUGAUGAGUGCUAAUGGCCCAUGAGUCACUUAUAACUCUACGAACUUCGCAUAUUUUCAAUUUCUAUGUAGCUGCUUUGGCCUGACGAUGCGUUACCGAAAACAUAACAAAAUGUCCCAUCAUGCGUCAACACACCGUCUGUACAAUCGAAGUAUCAUCGUUGUACAAUCCUGAUUUGAUAUACUUUUGUGUUCUUUUAGAGAUCCCGCAAGAGAAGGGCCUUCCGCCGUUUGCGAUCGCCGCUACCACAAUUGGAAUCGUCUGCCUUCUGGCGCUGGUGAUCGGCCUCUCUGUCCUAAUUAACCGCCGACGCGGCCGAAAAGAACACAGUUUAAACAGUGAUUUAGUCGAUUGUGCCAUUUCCAUAAUCAAUUCGGAUAGUUAG